GCACGCAGCAGCAGCGCAAUAGCGAGAAAAUUUUUAAAAGUUACCCGCAGUUCGGCGUGUUGUUGCAGUGUGUAAUGAGACCAGUGAGGCUGCGAAAGUGAAUUAUCGUUGCCGCUUGCAUUGUAAACUAGAAAGUUGCGUCUCUUCGAUAAGUGCGAAAAUAGUUUACUCGCUCGUGGAAUUCAAAAGGCAAAUCAUUAAACGGGUAUUUUGCGGUGAACAUACGUUGUGAACGAGAGAGAGAGAGCGAGGAGAGAAAGGGGGAGGAAUAUAGUGCGGUUUAUCGUGCUAUAUGAAUUAUCGGCGACAAACGUCAGCCAUAAUUACAGCCGAGAAUGUUUUUAAAGUUGCUCUGAGGUUAGUAUAGGUGCCAGACUUUUUUCUACACUUAUGCAAACAGCCGUCCUCUCAUCUCACGUAUUAUCUGUAAAUUGAUGCCACAAGCGACAUCAUAUAUCGAGACGAAAGGAAAAACAAAAACUCCAGUUCUGAGAAUAACAUUGUGCCGCACGUGUCCCGUCUGGCGCGUUCUAUCUCUUUAAAUGUUCAAAAUAAGCACAUCAAGAAACGAUACUAACAGAGCGUAUAUAGGCUUUUGGAAUAAUCAUAUGUGUAGAGAGCAAAUGGAAGUAGGAGCGAAAUUAUGCGAUGAAGAGGUUCAGCCGACGGGUCCGCAGGGCUUUGAAUUAUCAUCAUACAAGUACAUCUGGCGCUGUAGCUGCAGCAGCGGCGCCGUCUGUAGAUGAGGAUUCGUCGCAUGAGCAACAGCAACAAAACAUGUCCACCUCGACGAUGGAGGGUUCGCUCAGCAAAUGGACCAACGUCGUCAACGGCUGGCAAUACCGUUGGUUUGUCCUAGAUGAUAAUGCCGGCCUACUUUCCUAUUAUACGAGCAAAGAGAAGAUGAUGCGAGGCGCUCGUCGAGGCUGCGUGCGCUUGAAAGGGGCAGUAAUAGGCAUCGAUGACGAGGACGAUAGCACUUUCACUAUCACCACUUCAUCGAGCAAGGACGAUCCAAAAACCUUCCAUUUUCAAACUCGUAACGGUGAGGAACGCGAGAGAUGGGUACGCGCCCUCGAGGAUACUAUACUCAGACAUUCGCAUAGUCGAUGGAAUCCACGCAAGCCACCACCAAAACACGAUUUCGACCGUAAAGUAGCGGAAGCCGACGCAUACUUGCAACUGUUGAUCGAUCAGAUAAAAUUGAUCGAGCUGAAGCAGAAACGUUUUGGGGAUGAACAGUAUGAUAAGAGUCAACGCUACACCGAGAUACUCGACCAGUCUAAUGCUAUGCUCAAUUCAGUCAAGCAUGCCAUUGUACAACUGCAGAUUGCCAAGAACACUGCCAUUCCAGUGAACGGCAUUUAUAAAGGACCAACGGAACCGAGUCACAAGUCGCUACCUCACAAGCACGAAGUGCUGGUUACGACGAAUGAGCCGGACUCGACAGUACAGACCGGUAUCGAGCUUGGCUCCGAGUGUACCGAGCCACGGGUUAACAACGCAAAUGCUACAACUAGAAAUUUACCCGUGCCAGAAUACUCAUAUUCAUCGUCGGACGAGGAUGAAGAUUUUUACGAUGCUGCCGAUGAGAUCUCACCGACAACGUCACAAGCUACAACAAAAAAACGUGAUAUUGAAAGAAUACCAUCCAUAGACGAGAGUACCACCUCAGAUAGCCGUCCUUCAGUCAAGAUUCCGGUGGCUCCACCCAUCAGGCAUGAUGGAUCGAUAGAUUAUGAUGCUUUGUACGAGGAAGAGAGCGAUGGAGAAAUCGAUUCUAUGGAGAGUCACGGUUCCGUGGUAUCACAUCUCUUGUCGCAAGUGAAAAUUGGCAUGGAUCUGACGAAGGUCGCGCUGCCAACUUUCAUCUUGGAGCGCAGGUCGCUGUUGGAGAUGUAUGCGGAUUACUUUGCUCUACCGGAUCAGUUUGUGAGAAUUGCAGACAUGCCAACACCUAGAGAGCGUAUGGUACAAGUGGUGAAAUGGUAUGUAUGCAGCUUCCACGCGGGUCGCAAAUCCGGAGUAGCCAAAAAGCCCUACAAUCCAGUAUUGGGUGAGAUAUUCCGUUGCCACUGGGAUAUGCCGUCAUGGGCCGAUAAGGAUGCCAAACAAGUAGAAAAUGGACCUGUGCCAUGGUGUAACGAAAACCAGUUAACGUUUGUUGCCGAGCAAGUAUCACAUCAUCCUCCUGUUAGCGCCUUUUACGCCGAACAUCCUUCGAAGAAAAUAAGUUUCAACGCACACGUCUGGACGAAAAGUAAAUUCCUAGGACUGAGCAUAGGCGUGCACAACGUUGGCAAAGGUUGGGUACAAGUCCAUUCGCAUAACGAGGAAUACGUGUUGACCUUUCCAAAUGGUUACGCGCGUUCCAUUCUCACCGUGCCAUGGAUCGAAUUGGGUGGCGCGACAAGUAUUACUUGUGUGCAAACUGGUUAUCAAGCGACAAUCGAGUUUCUGACCAAACCCUUCUAUGGUGGCAAGAGAAAUAGGAUUACGUGUCAAGUGACAGCUCCUAACGACAAGAAGCCAUUCCUAAACAUUAGCGGCGACUGGAGUGGUGCCAUGGAAGCCAAAUGGGCUGAUGGGCGAACAGAGCUAUUUGCGGAUGUAAGGGAGCAGAGGAUAGAAAAGAAAAUUGUGAGGCCAAUGAGCGAACAAGAGGACAACGAAUCACGGAAAGUGUGGCGUGAAGUGACCUGGGGUCUGCGUAUCAAUGACAUGGACAAGGCGUCCGUAGCUAAAAGUGCAAUAGAGCAAAAGCAACGCGACGAUGUGCGCUAUCGUAAAGAUAACAGCAUCAAUUGGCAGACCAAGUUGUUCAAAGAAACCAAAGACGGUGGUUGGGUAUACACAUCACCACUGGAAACAAGAUUACGAGAUAAUGUUGCGUCAGCGAGUACAUGAGGAACAAAUUUCAUAAAUUUUCUAAUCGCACACAAAAGUAGUUAUUAAACAUAAUGUUUCGUGUUAGUAGGCCUAGACGUAAUUAUAAAAUUCUUCGAUCUGUUCGUUAGCCUGUGAAGGGGAUGUGAAAGUAAAGCUGUUGAUAGACUGAACAGUUUUUAACCGGAAUUGUUUUUUAAAAUUUUGUAGAUAAUAUAAACUUCAGUUAAGAGUAAUAAAUUUUUUGUGAUUGAUUUGGAAGCUCACAAUUAUUGUGAAGAGUGUACGUCUUUUAUCCGAAAGUUUUAUGUAAAAAUAAAAAAUUUCAUUUGCAUAUAGCAAAAAAAUUUCAAGAUACACGCUUACUGAUUUUUAUACAAUUGAAAUAAUGAAAAUUCAAAGCCAAUUUUUUUAAGUAUAAAGUAUUUCAUAGCUAUAUUUUUUCAAACAAGUCCUUCAAGUAAUGACUAACUAUAAAUAGCACAUGAAUGGUACUUCACAUCUCCUACAAUACAAAUGCCGCACGUUCAAUACUCUUAUAUAUUCACAUCUAAUGUUUACUGAUAAAGAAACCCCCCGAACUCGACUUCACUCAUUUCAAUAUUCUUUUGAUAUGUUCUAGAUCACAUAAAAAUAAGUAACACGUGUUUUUUUUUAUAGUUGGAAAAAUACUUCGAAGAGGUGAGAUCCACCCUCCAAGUCUACCCUCAAAAAUGAAUUUUGCAAUUCAUCUCCAGUUCUAAUUGGUGUUUUGCAAUUAAAUAAAUUUAAUUUCACUUUUUAUGUAAAUGCAGGACUAGCACUUACGGUUCCGACCAUAAGGGAUGCAACUCUUUUUUUUAUUGACAAUUCUACCAUUUUUGUGUCUAUUUUUAUGAAAAAAAUAAAAACAAAAAUUGAAUGAAUCAAAAAAAAACUGGAAAAAUAUUAUCGCGUGUUGAUUAAAUAAUAAAGUUGACCCGUUCGAAAUUAUUUUUCGAAACACCCCGAGAAACGUUUUAAAUGUUACGUCGGGAUCACUCUCAGGUACGCUUGAAGGAAGUGUAUCCUCAGGGUUGCUCUGAUUUGGCUUGCGUACAGCGCAUAAGCCGGAACGAGCAAUAUUGUUGCGUAGAGGAAAUUAUGUUGUAACGGGAUAGGUAAUAACUAAGUGUCAUUACAAACACACCAGAUACUCACUUAAUGUGUUCUUAAGGGACUCUAAUGAAAAUUCACCAGACUCACGCUUAAUAAAUUUCUAGAAAGGUACUAUCAAAGGAAGGAAAGAUAACCAGAUAAAAAAUGUUCUUACUUUUUAUUUGAUUGUAUUAGUUUGUAAUGGAAACUACGUCACUUUUGCUCUCUGUUCUCUAUCUCUCUUAGCUGUUUUCUUUCGGGCUGGCUAUCCCUCUCCACUUUACUAUUUAAUUUUUCUUCGUACUACUUCGUAUUGCAUCGCGUUGUUCAAAGGGAAUGUAUAUCAACUUGUCCAUGCAGAUUAUUAUUUUUAUGCUCAAAUUUUAAGAUUUUCAUUCUACUCAUUAGCUUAUCGAACAUGCACUAAUAUUUCAUUUGUGCUUCUUCAAUAAUUUUAUCAUUCCAAUUAGAUUUUUCAUUAAUAUUAAAAUUUAAUAAUUUGUCUAAGCCUGCAAUUCUCUUUAUCUCCGUUAAUUCUCCAUUUUUAUCUAUUUCUAUAAUAAACUAUUUUGCUUUUUUUAAUAAACUUACAUCACUUAAAGGUUUUGAUGCAGUUUGUAUCUCAUUUCUUACUGGAAUGCUUCUAAUGGCACUUAAGGCUUUAUUGACAUUAGGGUUACUCUUAGGUUUACUUUGUCGUACACUUUUAGUAUCAUCCAUAUCAAGUAACUUAACUUUUCCAUUCACAGUACGUACUUUUACCGGACGUGGUAGUCUAAAUAAUCUACUUAAUUCACAAAUCUGUAAGCAUUCAACAAUACUUAAUUCGUAAUUGUAAUUACGAUGUGGCGUCGUGGCAACGACACAUCUCAGGUACACCUGAGGCUUGGCGCAGUCUCAGUGUUCCGUUGUCGCUAGAAGUGCGAUUUCUCGCCUAGACUAGCGGGAUCAUUAAUCGAAAAUUAUUUUAACCGAGGGGAACAGUGCCACUGAACUUAUAUUUCUGCUCUUGGAUUCUAAUCAAAUGUUGUAAUCCAAGAGCGAGAAGUACCCUGGGUCCUAUCAAUAGUAUUACCCGAUUUUCCUAUCAAAAUUGUACCUAGAGCUUAUCAAAAGUAGUCUCCAGAUUCAGAAAGAAGGGAAAAAUGUUGAGUCACGAGCUGUUUCUAAGAUAAAGGAGAGAUAGAUAAAUCAGACAAUUUUUUUGUUUGUUCGCUUACUUUUUAUUGGCAACGGUUCUCACUCCGUCCUCGGUUUUAAUACUAAGAAAAGAAAUUAUUCCCUUUUUUUGAAAUUAUAUAGCCCGCCGUUACAACGACGAUCGAAUUCAUUUAUAUCACUUUCAUUACCAUUUAAUUGAAAACUUUUGCUUAAAAUUAUCUUUUUAUCUUUGUGAAUCCCUCUACUAAAAUAACUAAUAGCGUUAUCAAAACUUAUAUGCUUAUCACUUUCUUUUAAAUGUAUCACAUAAGUUGAAAUAAUUACAAUCACUCCCCUUAAUGUAUUUACAUUGGAUAAUAACAAGUUCAUUGCAAGGUCUCGAAUAUACUUAUAUCCGCUCAUGAUAUAAAUGCUACAGAAUCCUUUGAAAUCAAUGAUUUCUAGUCCAUCUCUGAAUAAUAAUUUCAUUUCAUCACUCUCUGACAAAGAUAAUCAAUCAACUUUCAUAUUAUUUUGGUUCAUCUUUGAGUUAUUCCUAUCUUUUGGUUUAUUACCCUCUAUGCUUAUAAUAUUUAAUGCGAUUUCUUUACCAGUAAUUUGAAAAUAUAAACUUUUAUUUUUCGGAAGACUAAACUUAUUGCAUAUAUUGUACCCUCUAACUUCAUCAAUCACUCUUUAGAAUCGACUUAAACAUAGGAACUUAUCAUCUUGAAAUGUUCUUUCUUUUCCACUAAUAGAUACUAAAUUUUCGUCUAUGUACAAAAACCUUUUUGGCUUAGUAAAAUUUUUUAAUUUUGAAUUAAUUGUAAGCUUAUUUAGUUCCUUUAUACUUUUUAGAUUAUACUUAUAGUGCUGGUCUUAAACGUCGGAUAUUUUCUUAAUAUGCCGAAUGGUAUAAGCUCACUUAACACCUUGUCAAAAUCAAAGUCAGGGUUUAUAUCCGCGGUCCGAGGUUCAAGAUUGGGUUUCAUUUCAUUAUCAUUUCCUAAUAUCAUAGGCACGAAAUAUCCAUUGACGAAGAACAAAUUGUGUUUGAAAUCAAUUAUGGCUCCUGAAUUUUCGAAAAAUAAAGAACCUAAGAUUCCUAAUAACUAAAAUUAAAAAAUCGUAGAUUUACUUGUAUAAAUAAAAUAAUAUUAAAAAAACACUUACGUAGCAAGUAAGAAAUAUGAAUUAACGAAUUAGUUUUUUUAUCAAUAUCUACGUUGAGUAAGCGAUACGUUUAAUAUGAAGUCGAUACAAGAACUCUAUUAGCUAGAAGAACGUUUAUUAGCUACUGAUAAAAACCGGCCUACUGAUCGUUAAGAAACUUGAAAACAACUGGAUACUGUCAAACCCGCUUAUUGUGAGAUAUAAAUAAAAUCGAAUAAUACUGUCAUAAACAUGCACUGAUGCAAUGCAGUUUCACACAACGGGAAAGAUAUACUAAUCUGCACCUAAUUACACAAACUAAAGUGUGUGCGUGUGUGCGUGCGUGCGUGCGUGCGUGCGUGCGUGCGUGCGUGCGUGCGUGCGUGCGUGCGUGCGUGCGUGCGUGCGUGCGUGCGUGCGUGCGUGCGUGCGUAUGUGUAUGUGUGUAUCUGUUUGUUUUAUUCUGAAUUUUUUUAAUAAAAAUAAGUACGAAAAAAAUAUAAUUUUCAAUGAAAAAAAUAGGGGUUGCAAUACUCAUGUUCGAAACUACAAGCAUUAGUCCGCAUUUACAUGAGAAAUAAAAUGAAAUUCAUUUCAUUGUAAAAUAUCAAUCAGAACUUGAGAUAAAUUGCAAAAUUCAUUUUGGAGGGUGGUCUUUCAGGGCAGAUUUCACCUCUUCAAAGUAUUUUUCAGGUCAUAAAAGAACAUGUGUUACUUACGUUUCUACGAUCUACAUUAUAUCAAAAAAAUAUUGAAAUUGAAGAGGGCAGCAGGGUGAGGGGGGUUCCUUGUGAAAAGCAUGGAAUGUGAUGAUUUGUACAUGAACAAAAUGUACAUAGAUACUCUAAUCUUCUUUGACUUUCUAUUUUUUUAACUUACAGAUCUGAUGUUAUGCUAAAAAAGAUAUGACCGGUAUAUAACUAUCUUUUUGACAUUUUUGUACUUACAUUUUGUAAAUGUAAACGCAAAAAUGAUUGAUAAUGAAUGGAGGUAAAAAGUGUACAGUAAACACAAAGUAAAGUAUGAAAAAAAAUUACGGUUGACAUUAAGAUAAGGUGAAUACAGCAAGAAAACGUUAAUUUAAUUUGCAAUAAGUCUGAGAAAUGAACAUAAAGUACAUUUUAUCUGAGUUUUCAAUUAUAAUUGAUAUAUUUGAAGAAUAAUUAAACACUCUUCGAUUUUAAAAACGACAAAGUAACAGUAUUUUCCAACACUCAAAACUAGAAUAUAAAAAAGUUAAUCCAAAAUAAUUUGCAACUUGAGUAUAAAAUAAUGUUUCUUGUUAUAAAAUACGAAUUUUUAUCAUUUUUUUAAUGGCAAAAAUUUGAUUAUACAGCCUGUCUUUGGUAUGAUUGUGCUGGAAAAAAUGUUAUAUAAUAAUUAAAAUUUGUAUUACAAAAGAGAACGAGCUCAUAAUCUUCUAUAAAAAGAACAAACGAUUAUAAACAAAUUACACUAUAAAAAGUAAACAAACAGAUGAAUGGACAAUAUACAAUUUGAACUUGACCUCUAUCUGGCAUGAGGCGAUUGUAGUCUAAACAAGUGGCCUUUGACAAAACAAACAUUAUAGGAGUUAAUAAUAACUCCUAAAGUCGGCCCCGAGUUUUCUUCCAAAAUAUGAAAGGACUGCCUGUGUUUUCCACAAGACACCAAGACAUCUAUUAUACAAAAGACAAAUCUUCUAAUUUUAUGUAAUUAAAAAUGAAACAAGACAUCAAUGGUGAUGACAAAAGUAGUUAUUGAUGUAUGUAACAGUGCGUCAAACGUUUCUUGAUGAAAAGUUUUUACGACGCAUUUAUACCUAUAUUGUAAAACAUUAUUCGCUUUUGAAUAUAUUUUAUAAUUAUUUUCUUAAUUUAAUACUGAGUUGUUUUAACUAUAUUGUAUUAUAUGAUUUUCAUCAAUUGUACAAGUUUUUAGAUAACAGAAUAAUUGUAUUAAAAUGAAAACUAUAAAGUAUAAUUAUUAAUUAAAAAAUGAGAUAAUUUUUUUUAAUAAGUGCUUGUCUGUAUUAUAAUCCAGCAGUUACUUUAUUUAUUUAGUGCAUAAUAAAUUUCCAUAUAAAUUUUAAAAAUUGUUAUGAACGAAAUAACAUUUUACUAAAAAACAUAAUAACAACGCAAAAUAUUCCUUAUACAGAAGCGGGAAAGUUUAGCUAAUAGCACUGUACAUUAGAAAGCAAAUUAUAUUUUAUUAGAUUCAAGAUAUGUAUAUUCAUAAGAUUUUUGUUUAUAGUAAUUAUGUAUUGUAAAGUAAAAAUUGCAUGUUAACAGGAAGUAUAAAUUGAAAAAACAGUUGGCAAUGCUGGCCUAGAAUUAGACUUUUACAUCUAGAAAUCAAACUGUAUCAAUAGAGUACAGAAUAUUACAAUAAAAAUGUUACACAGUAUCAAAGUGUUGUAUGAUUUUUUUUUGUAAAAAUAAAUUAUAUAAAUAG